AGACUUCAAGAAUGUUUUUACUUGGACUAUAAUUUGUCCUAGACCAGACCAGACCAGCAAAUUACAAUCCAAGUAAAAACAUCCCGAGUACUCCCUCCAUCCCAUUUAAAUCUUUACACUUUUCUUUUUGGGAUGUCCCAAUUACUCCUUUACGUUUCCUUUUUUGGAAACUCCUUUUACAUCAAAAUGUCUUAACUACCCUCUAUAAAAUACGAAGUAUCUUAUCAACCCACAACUUAUUACCCCUCAAAGACGGUUACCCAAUAUUUAUUACCCCUUCGGUUUUUAAUUCACCCAAAUUACAUCAAAAUGGUGGAGGAAAUGGUGGACACUAGGCUGUUCUUGGGUAAUGAAGAUUGAGGAGGAAGGAGAUAUUGCUCCAGAGUGGUUGAGCAAGUUUGUAGAAAUAGCUUGUAACUGUUUGAAGGAUCAAAGGAUUGAACGGCGGGGGAUGAGUGAUGUGGUGUGGGGGUUUGAAUUUGCAUUGCAGCUGCAGGAACCAGCGAAGAAGAUGAUGAACAGUACUCUUCAAGCUUCCGCCAGCGGCCACGGCCGCGGCGACGUCUAUUUAACCACCACCCCAUCUUUUCCCCUGUUCCGGUGGCCCGAAAGGAGGGAGAGUCGAUAACGGAGAUCGAGAACAGCGGGGACUGGGAUUCAUCACAACGUCGGUCGGAACCUAGGCGAUUGACAAAGUGGGGAAGACACUGUUUCCGAUGCAGAGUAGCUAGAUGGAAAUCAUGGGAUCCCUGAUGCAGUCCAGCAAUUAUAAACAAAUAGUGAACAAAGAGGGUGUGAUGGUUUCCGUUGCAUCCUAGCAAGUAGUUGCGAGUCGCGACAACAGAGAUCAAGACCAGGGAGGGGCUAUCUUCUUUGACCAGCGUCCAGGGACAACAAAAGAAGAAGAAAAAAUCGAAUAGGAAGAGCUGAAACCGUAAACAGAACCGCACUACUUGAGUCGGUUUCGGUUCGGUUUCGGUUCGGAUAAUAUCGGUCGGUUCGUGUCGGUUUCGGUUAGUUUUAGCACGUUUUUGUCGGUUUUUGUCGGUCGGUUUCGGUUCGGUCGGUUUUUUAACCCCAAAGGUGAAACCGUAAACCGAACCGCCAAUUUUUGUUCGGUUUGAGUCGGUUUUGGUUUGAGUCGGUUUCAGUUUUGGUCGGUUUCGGUUUUUCGGUUUUUUUGUUCACCCCUAAAUUGUCUGCAUUCAAAUUAUUUUUAGAGAAAAAAAUACCUAUUUAGAAACUACAUUAAAUCGCGACAAAACCUGCCAAAAUAUAAUUCAAAUUUUAUUAAAUUUUGAUAUAUAAAAUAAGAAAUUAAGAAUGAUUUCUAUUUAUAAAAUGAGACUUCUAAUUUCUCUAUUCAGAUUUCUAGCACGUUUUUUCCAAAAUUUUCCAAAGUUUAGCAAACGCGUUGAUCAAGACCCCCUAGUCGUUUUUUCUUUGAAAUUUCAAGAAGAAGAAAAAAGGAAAUUUUCAGGGUCAUUGAGGAAGAAAUUGUCUAGUCUUCUCUGGAAUCCUUGAAGUCUUCAUUUUAACUGGUCAAACUAGCACAGACCACCAUUCAAAUUAGCAUCUCCUACUCUCUAUUUUCAAUUUCCACAGCACGUUUGAGCCAUUCACAUUGAAAGAUAUAAACACCCGAACUUUAGAUUUAAGGUUUUAGAUGUUAGUGAGGAUAUACACAAGUGUACCACUCAAAGAUUCAUUUUUUGUCAGUUCUUAGCUGAGUAACAGGUUUGUAGUUUCAUAUCGAUGUCAAUUUUUUUUUCAUUUACAAAAAGCAGUUUAGAGGGCUCUAAAGUAGCUGCAGGGUGGGGAAAAUGUUAGUUUAGCUGAGUGGAAUAGGAGAGUUUUGGGGUUAGUUAUUUUAAAGUAAAUAUUUUGGGUUAUAAGUUUAGUUUGAGGGGACUUGUAAUUUGUAAGCAGGUUCUGAUUUCAAGAUUUUUGAUUGAGUGUAAAGAUGACAAGUAUUUUAGAGAGUAUAUUCCCAAUUCAAUCCUGGAAUAAAAAUGAUGAGGACGGAUUUGAUCUUGAGUACUCCAUCGCAGUGGAGUACAGUGGUCCUCCAGUCAGCUACAACAUACCGCAGGUGGUUCCUGUUUUGUUUGACCGCAUCCCCGCAGCAACCGUGGUUACUGCUUCUUUAUCAAACAGUCAAAUUUUGUCACUUCCAGUUAUUCAACCAAUAGUUAACAAAAAUUAUUAUUCAGACAAAGAAGGGAUACCAGAGGCCUUCUCACAGUCUGCAGCUAAGGUUUCUUUGAAUUCUGUCUAUGGUGAUGACUGUGCCUCUAAUAAAGGGUCAGGUUGUCUUGAAAGUUCCGGAACAUUGGGCUUUUCUGAUGAUAAUGAUGACUCCGGUGAGAUUUUAGCGAACUCGGAUGUUAUAAGUUGCGAAGAGGUGGAAGAGAGUACACCUAUUGAGUUUUUUACAGAAACUCGAUCAAGUAGCAAUGCGAAUUAUGCGACUACUUCAGAAAGUGAUGAUGACGAUGGUGAUGAUGAAGCAGUUAUAAGUUUCCCGGAAAAGUCUGUAGUGAUAAGUGACUCAAAGAAGUGUUUUCGGUGUCACAAAAGGAACAUGUUCAUAAAGAAGGAAGUUUGUUUGGUUUGUAAUGCAAAGUAUUGUGAUAGAUGUGUUUUGAGAGCAAUGGGUUCAAUGCCAGAGGGCAGAAAAUGUAUCACUUGUAUUGGUUUUAGGAUUAAUGAAGCAAAGCGUGAUUUGUUGGGGAAGUCUUCUGCAAUUCUUAAGAGUGUACUCACAGAUGAGGAGAUUAAAAGGAUCAUGACACAGGAGAAGUCAUGCAAAGCUAAUCAACUCCCUUCUAAUCUUGUCACUGUGAAUGGUAAACAUCUUUCCACGCAAGAGUUGGUUAUGUUGCAGAGUUGUCCACAUCCGCCUAAAAGGUUGAAGCCCGGGAGGUAUUGGUAUGACAAAGUUUCUGGAUUUUGGGGAAUGGAGGGUGAGAAACCUUGUCAAAUUAUUAGUGACGAGCUAGUGGUUGGUGAAAAACUCAAGAUAAAUGCUAGCAAUGGGAACACUAAUGUACUCAUAAAUGGUAGAGAGAUUACAGGAGCAGAGCUACGGAUGUUGAAGAUGAUUGGAAUCCAUUGUGAAGGGAGCACUCACUUCUGGCUGCAGGCUGAUGGCACUUAUCAGCAAGAGGGUAUGAAGAAUGUGAUGGGGAAUCUUUGGGAAAGGACUGGUAUCAACAUAGCAUGUGCCUUUUCAUCAUUGCCAACUCCACCUAAGCCUUCAAAUUCUAGCAGACGAAAAAGCGACUGCGAGACAGAUAUGGUUAGCCAUAGCAGCCAAGCUCAGAGAGCUAUUAGUAAGCUGCUACUUGUCGGUUGUGAUGGAUCAGGGACAAGUACUAUUUUUAAACAGGCCAAAAUUCACUAUAAUGUUCCUUUCAAGGAAGACGAGCGUGAAUGUGUGAAAUGCACAAUCCAGAGCAAUUUGUACAAGUAUAUUAGUAUAUUAUUUGAGGGCCGUGACCAAUUUGAAGAAGCCUAUCAAAUUGAAUCAAGACGAAAAUGCAUAGAGGGACUCAGUCCUUCAGAUGACGUUGAAGAGAAUAUUUACUCAAUCAGUCCACGACUUAAAGCAUUUGCUGAUUGGCUACUAGAAGUUAGGAUGUCAGGAAAUUUGGAAACCGUUUUUCCUGCUGCUACUCGUGCAUAUGCACCUUUGGUAGAGGAGUUGUGGAAGGAUAAAGCAUUUCUAGCCACAUAUCAACGUAGAAAUGAAUUGCAUAUGUUACCUAGAGCUGCUAACUAUUUCUUAGAUCGGGCGGUCGAGAUCUCUAGGGCUGAGUACAAGCCUUCUAGUAUGGACAUUUUGUAUGCCGAGGGUUGUGCUUCCGCAAAUGGGGUGGCUUCCGUGGAGGUUUCCCUUCCCGAGCUAUCUAAAGAUUUCUACAUGGAAACUACAGAUCAAGACGACUCCUUGAUAAGGUGCGAACUCAUUCGGGCACCCACUAGAAUCCUGGGGGAAAACUGCAAGUUCUUGGAGAUGUUUGAAGGCACUAACAUUGUCCUAUACACCAUUUCCCUGACAGACUACUUUGAGUAUAUAGAAGACGAUAAUGGAUCUCUCAAAAACAAGAUGCUAGAAAGCAAGAAGCUCUUUGAGAGCAUCGUCACUCACCCGCCUUUCACCCAAAAGCAAUUUCUUCUAUUCCUCACCAAGUUUGAUAUUCUAGAGGAAUCGAUAAAACAGUUCCCUCUGAAUAAAUGUGAGUGGUUCCGGGACUUCAACCCUGUAAUCAGCCAGCAUUCCCACAAAAACAGCAACAACCCAUCUUUGGCACAACGUGCAUUCUAUUAUAUCGCUUCCCAAUUUAAAGCGACAUAUAAGAAUCUAACAGGACGGAAGUUGUACGUAUCGCAGCUUACGGGGAUCAAUGGCAAAUCGGUCGAUAUAGCGCUAAAAUAUGCCACUGAGAUUCUUAGAUGGGAAAAAGAGAAAGAUACUGUGUUGAAUGAAUGUGCUUUAGAGAUCACAGAGGUUACCACAAGUGUGUAACUUUAAUUUCUCCCCUCUAUAUAUACAUGAAGAAAAUAUGUCCAGUAAUAGAAAUGGUAAUAAUGCGCCUGCUGGUGGUGUACAUAUAUAUAUAUACACACUAAAAAGCUCAGCUCUGAUUUGUAGUCUGGGGUACUGUAACUAGUAAAUUAAAAGUUGUGUUCCAUCUUGUAAAUGUACGUUUUGCCCAUUGAAUCAAUUGUAUAUGAUGAUAUUUUUCGUCUAUUUGUUCUAAGUUUUCUAGCUC